AUGGAGCCAGAAAGCGUAAAGCCAAUAAGAAGGAAAAAAACUUUACCUUCACUCCUCGCCGCUUCAUGUAGCGUAUCAAGCUCAGGUGACCAGUCAAACCCUAAGGUUCCACUGGAACCCGAGAAACUUGGCGAAAAAGUGAAGGUUGAUAAUGAUGAUCCCGGUGGGUCGGGUCUCACUCUCUUUGGCCUUCUCUUAGAAGUCUUCUUCGAAAUUUCAACACCCAACAAAGAUUUUCAUCGGUGCUUCUCUAGAAGUGGGUCAUAUUCCCACUCGCCCCCUUCGAUCUUUGUAUCUCCAAAGUGGUUCGUCGAGAGGCUUGUCAUUUUAAAAGGAAGAGACGAGCGGCUCGCUGAUUCAAGAGGCGAAGAGGAUAAACGGCUUGCUGAUUCCAGCGGCAGAGAGGAUGAACAGCUAGCCGGAUUUGAAGAAUCAGAAGGAGACAAAUAG